AUGGCUCAGUGGGAGAGACUGAGGCAGCUUCCUGCUGCCUACACACAGCAGCUACACGAGCUCUAUGACAGGGAUGCUCUGCCCAUGGAUGUAAGGCAUUACCUGGCAGCCUGGAUAGAGAAGCAGGAGUGGCAACGAGCAGCACGGGACUAUGACUUCGCUAAGGUGUUGUUCCAGGUCCUGCUGGAAAAUCUGGAUAUCCAACACAGCCGCUUUGUCCAGGAGGAGUCAUUCUUACUGCAGCACAACAUCAGGCGCUAUAAACAGAACUUUCAGAGCUACCUGGAGGAACCAUGUGCCUUGGCAAACACAGUCCUGUGGUUUUUAGAGAAAGAGAGGGAAAUCCUGCAGAGUGCCGAUCUGGCUGAACAGGUCCAGUUUUUGCAUGUAGAGCAGGAAGCCAUGGAGACAAGCAGCCAGCAGGACCUUGAACGUAAAAUGGCUGGCCUCAGGAAUGAAGUGCAGUGCAUGGAACAUACAAUGCUAUGUCUGGAGGAACAGCAAGAUGAGUUUGACUUUAAAUACCAAACCCACAAGAUGGAAGCUGUGGUGGAUGAAGCUGUGAAGAAAGAACAGAUGAAAGUCCUUCAGCUACUUGUCAACAGACUGAAUGAAUGUAGAAAGAGCACACUGACAGACCUCAGUAAGCUCCUGGACAGAACUGAUGACCUGAUCAACACGCUGGUGAAUAAGGAGCUGGUGGAGUGGCAGAGGAGGCAGCAGAAAUCCUGCAUUGGUGCUCCAGACAAUGUUUGUCUGGAUCAACUGGAGAAGUGGUUCACCUGUGUGGCAGAGUGUCUGUUCCAGGUGCGAGAGUUUCUUGGUAAGCUGGACGAGCUGGUAGGAAAAGUGUCCUAUGACAACGACCCUGUGAAGGCCCAAAAACCUGUGCUGCAGAAGAGAGCAGAUACUCUUCUAAAAGACUUACUCAAGAGUUCCUUUGUGGUUGAGUCUCAGCCAGCCAUGCCUCAGGGGAAAGGACCACUGGUGCUCCGCACAAACGUACAGUUCUCUGUCAAGACCAGGCUUCUUGUGAAGUUCCCUGAGCUGAACCACUCCAUGAAAGUGAAUGUUUCCAUGGACAGGGAGGCUCCUCAGAUCAAAGGAUACCGACGUUUUAAUAUCCUGGGGACCAACACAAAGGCCUUAAACAUGGCAGAGAGCCAGAGUGGAGGCAUGGUGGCCGACUUCAGACAUCUUACUCUGAGGGAGCAGAAGUCUGGAGGUGGUGGCAAAGGAGUCAGUGAUAUUUCUUUCAGUGUCACAGAGGAGCUGCACAUCAUCUACUUCAACACUGUGUUUGAGCUGAAAGGCGUGUCAGUUGAGUUGCAGGCCUCCUCCAUCCCAGUGGUCAUCAUUUCCAACUCCAGCCAGCAGCAGAGCGCCUGCGCAUCUGUCCUCUGGUUCAAUAUGCUCAGUCUGGACACCAAGGACGUCAUGUUCUUUGCCAACACUCCUGCAGCCCCUUGGCCGCAAUUUGGAGAGAUGUUGAGCUGGCAGUUUCUCUCUGCCACUAAACGUGGUCUGAAUGAGGCUCAGCUGGAAAUGAUUGCACUCAGACUCUUUGGAAAGCAGCAGAGCUACGACACCUGCAAAGUCACCUGGUCAAAAUUUAGCAAGGAAAAUCCUCCUGACACUUUCUGGGUGUGGUUUGAUGGCAUCUUGGUGAUGGUGAAAACAUACCUUGAAGAUCUGUGGAGGGAUGGUCUCAUCAUGGGUUUUGUGAGCAAAGGCAAAGAGAAGUCUCUCCUGAAGAAAAAACAGAGAGGCACGUUCUUGUUGCGCUUCAGUGAAAGCAUCAUCGGAGGAAUCACCUUCUCCUGGGUGGAAACCACCAUAACUGGUGAGCCUGACGUAAAGACAGUCCAGCCCUUCACCAAAGUUGACCUUAUCCAGAUCCCCUUCAGUGAAAUCAUCAGGAAUUUCCAGAUCUUAGAAGCUGAAAAUAUCCCAGAAAAUCCUCUGCUCUACCUAUAUCCCAACACCCCUAAAGACGAGGCUUUUGGGAAGUACUACUCAGACAAGACUGGAAGUGACAGUCCUUACAUCAAGUACAUCAAAACCAAACUGAUGUUUGUUUCAAAGGAGAACACACUGGAGGCUAGGUCACCCAUGUCUUCUGACAUGGCACAGGGUGAAGGCCUGGAGCCAAUGAAUGGCCUGUGUGGAGAGGCAGCUGAACAAGACGGGAGUCCUCAUGCCCUGCAGUCACCUCUAGAGAUGUAUCACCCUGAUCCCAUGCUGUCCGGCUCUGUUGUAGCCACAGAGAACGAUUUACAGAUGUUUCUCAACAACCCCAACCUCUUCAUUGACUCUGACAUCUUGGAAGAUGAGCCGGGCCUCUCUGAUUUCAGUCUCUCAGGAUUUAAUUGCCUGCCCCCACAGUCCUGUGGAAGUAUUUUCCAAUAAGCCUGUGUAUAUUUAAACAGACCACUCUAUCAUUCAUCGUCAUCUUUACUUUUAGCCACUUACAUUGAAACACCUCUGUCGUGAAACUGAAGCAUACUUAGCAAUUCCACUAUGAACAUAAUAGUUUGGAUCAAAUACUUGACAGUACCUCUGCUAGUCCUGGUAGUCAGUAUUUAAGAAUAGCUUUUGAAAUCAUUUGAAUGAGGUAUGCACUUUGAAAUCAGGAGAAUAUAACCUCUAUAAUUUCCGUAUCAUGUUGUACCAGUGUAGAUAAAGAUUCAGUGAUUGAAAGACAAAGAUAGAAUUGAAUUAGCUGCACUCAUAACUGCCCCAGGCAGGGUGGGAAAGGUUUGAAUGAGGUAUUAAAGAGUACAUGGCAUAGACUGCACUGCACAUAAUUUAUUGUUUAAUGUCUGUUAUAAGUCCUUUUGUGGUACUUGGUUGUUGCUGCCUUCUGCUUGUGAUAAAUUGUACUGACACAUGGCACUUCUUCUGUUUAAGUUGUAUGUUUUUAUAUUAACCUGCCCAUUUAAAUCAACAUAAAAUGUUCUUACCAAUAAAAGGGACAUUACUGACUUUA